CAGAGCAGAGAUCACAUGACCCACAAUUAAAUACUGCAUUAUUGGUAAUCAUUAGGAAAGGUCUCAUGACCCCCGAGCUUAACAAAUGCCAAAAAGCAAGGCAUGUUUACAUGACGUAAAGCUGUAGUGUCCAAGGUGUAAAGGGCUGCAUGCAGAAUGCCCUCCCUGGAUGACUGGGGUGGCAGUGCUUGUUGUCAUUACCCUGAUGUCACCUCAGCCAUGCUGUAGCUGAUAGAUGAGGCGGCAGUCUCCAGGCCCCAGCCAGACAUGAUGGCUUAUGUGAUGCAAGGACCAAGAGAAGACUUAUAAGCAGAUUUACCCACAGAGCACAUUUCUAGGAUAUUUGCAGUGCCGUUCUCGGCAGCAGUCCACCGAUACUCUGGCCGCUGUUUUGUUUUCAAGCCGCUUCCGUGAUGUGUCUGGACAUGGCUCAUGACAAUUGCAGCCAGGCAGUCUACAGCCAUGGAGUUUCCUGAUCACAGUCGUCGUAUACUGCACAGCCUUAGAAACCAACAGUCCCAGGGUUUCCUUUGUGAUUGUCAAGUGUCAGUUGGUACUGCUCGUUUCCUGGCCCACCGUUCAGUCCUCGCAUCAUGCAGCCCAUUUUUCCACAUGUCAUGCAGGGAGCGACCAGACAUUCAAGAACUCACACUCAACAACCAGAUUGUCACAGCGCCAGCAUUUUCUUUACUCCUCAGCUUUAUGUAUUGUGGAAAACUUAGUUUUCAGGAGGCACCUACUGAGGAUGUAUUGGCAGCUGCUAGCUAUUUGCAUAUGGAUGAAAUUGUGAGGGUGUGCAAGAAAAGGUUGCAGGGUCGAGCACCUGCUGAAGCAGAUAGCACACGACGAGAGGAGGAAAGUGGAACAAGCUGCUUAGGUUUAGAAGAUAAUAAUGGAGACCAUAGACAUGAGGACUUAGAGGGUGGCCACACAGCUGAAAAGAGUUUGCAUUACCAAGGGCAAGAAACGGCAGGAAAUAGGCAGCGAGCUUCGGGGAGUGCCAUGUACAAUUUGCAGGAAGUAGCAGGAAGCAGCAGAUAUCAGAGGCAAGAUACAGCAGGAAAUAGUCAGAAGUUAUUAACAACUAUAAAAUGUCAGGGUCCUGAAGCAUCAGGAAGAGUAGCGGGUAUAUCCAGAUUUGAGAUGCAGGGCAUGGCAGAAAGUGGACAGGGUAUAACAGGCAGUUCCAGGUUUGAGCUGCACCAAGGAGCAGGCAGUAGUGAAGCAGUCACUGGAAGCGUCAAGUGUCAGUUGCAACAAAUAACAGUGAACAAGCAGGAGGUGGAUGGGACAUCUAGGUUUGAGAUCCAGGACAUGGCAAACAGUGAACAGAUGGAGGAAGCUGGAAGAUGCUCAGUCCAGGAAGCGGUUGAAAGUACAGCCAUGCCAUCUAAUCCAAGAUUCUCCUCACAGAAUCAAGAUACAGGGUCAGUUGGGCAUACAGGGCUUUCUAGAAACUCCCCAAAGAGGCAAGAGCCAGCUGGAAGCACACAGGGUAAUGGAAGCUCUAGAUAUUCACAUCUGGCACAGGAUACUGUUGGUUUGGGUACUGAGUCUUUACCUCCGCCUAGGUACUCUUUGCAGUCACAGGAUGAGGCUGGUUCUACAUUGCCAGUUGUAGGAAACUCCCGAUUCUCUGUGCAGACUCAGGAUCCCACUGGAAGCAUUUUGGCAAUGCAAGGUACAGUCAGAUAUUCACUUCAGAGUCCAGAUUUGGCAGGCAACAGCCUAGCACAGUCAGUCACUUCUAGAUUUUCCUUACAAGAACCUACAGGGAGCAUACAGGGAGUGCCAAUGCGUGUCAGAUAUAAUCUGCCAAUUCAGGAGCCCACAGCUAGCACAGCUGUACCUCCUGGCCCAUCACGAUGCUUUCUUCAAAGUCCAGAGUCUGCAACAAAUGCACUGGCACUGCCAGGAACAUCAAGAUACCCUUUGCAUAGUCCAGAGUCCCCUGCUGCCAAGAAAGAAGAAAGAGAAUGCACCAAAUCGGAGUUGACAGUUACUACCACCACUCAGCCAGGCAUGGAAACAGCAGCUGCACCUAGCCCAUGUAGCUCCACUGUAAGUGAGGGCCAGCCAGCUCCUGGUGUUGCCGUAAAGAUAGAAGCCAUUGUUAUAUCUGACGAAGAGUGUGAGAGGGCAGUUGGAACGUUUAAAAGACAUGGAUAUGAUGAAGACGAGGAAGGAGAAGAUGAUUCUGGGUAUGUGCCUUACCAUAUGAUUGCUGUGCCAAGUGGGCACCACCCAAGCUAUGGAGGCAUAUUGCCUCCUUCCAUGCACCCAGAGGGUAUGUAUUUACAGGAUUUUGAAGGACAUCCUGGAUUUCCACUUUUCCCUGAAGAUGUGCCCACCUGUAAAACAUGUGGAAAAACUUUCUCUUGUUCAUAUACCCUUCGUCGCCAUGCUACAGUUCACACACGGGAGCGCCCCUAUGAGUGCCGAUAUUGUUUGCGCAGUUAUACACAGAGUGGAGACUUGUAUAGACAUAUCCGCAAGGCACAUAGUCAACAGGAACCAGGCAUCAAAAAAGCCAAGGGGGACCUGGAGCCUACACCCCCGAACUUGCCUUAAAAUGUUGGAUGGUUACUUUACAUCAUUGAGCUAAUGUAAUUAACUUUUCAGUAACUUUUGACUUUCGAGAGUUCGAAAUUAGUUGGGAGAGCUGUGUCCAUUAUGGACCAAGCCAAGUUCAUAUUCCCUUUUUAUCCCUAAGGCUUUCUCAAUUGGUUUUAUUUAUUGACGGUAAUAUUGUGUUUUUUUUCUUGUAUCUAGAAUUGAUCAGAGCUUGGAACUUGCUAAAUAACAAAAGUAAGAUAGCUAUAAAAAAAAGUGGUGCACUUCAGAGUACUGGCUUUUUAAGGUACUAACGUGCUUUGAGAAGCUGGCAACAUUGGAAAAAUGUUGUGCACUUCUCUGUACUCUGAUAUUCUGGUAUAUCAGUGGUGUCUUCACAAGAGUCAUUAAACAGUGUCUCCUGAUGAGUGUUGGUGUGUGUGAAAUUGCUCCAGGAAAUCAAAUGCACAAUUCAGGGCAAAUAAAUACAAUCUGCAUAGUAGACCAGGUGGUAUUAGCAAUACUCUGAUGACUCUCUUACUGUUUUACUGGACCUUGUUAUUUGCAGUUAGGUCAUUCUAGUGUUUUAGAAAUUUGAAAAGCCAAAGCUUAUGGUCUCAUUGUACCCAAGUACAGCACAUGUCUGUACAGUGUUUGUAUAAAAUAUACAAAAAGCAGAAGUGAUGACCCGGGAUAUAAUUGUAAAGCAAACAUGUUUUUAAUACUAAAAAUGCUAAUUCCAGAAUCGAAAUGAAUGUAUCACAGAAGUAAUAUAUUUACAUUAUGUUUAAACGUGCAUAUUAUGUUAAAGAAAAAAAAUCCUAUCGUAUUGUCUGCCGGGCAGUUUCUGUAGUACAGAUAAGAGCAGGCAGUAGUGAUGUAUUUUUACCCUUUUUUUGGGUGGUGUUUUAUAGUCACACAGCUUUUUACUUCUCAGACCUUUUUUUUUUCUUUCUAUAGAACAGUCUGAAAAAAACGAGCCUGAAAAAAAUACGAGCAUGCUGCAAUUUGACAGAAAAUGCAAAGGACAAUAGACAGACAAAUACCAGGAAACUAUCUAAAAGAGUUUUCCCCUCUUUAGAUAUUGGUGACCUAUUCUCCAGAUAGGUCAUCAGUAUGAGAUUGGUGGGGGGUCCAACACCUGGCAUCCCUACUGAUCAGGCAUACUGCAGCUCAGCUCCCAUGGAAGUUAUUUAGGAGUUACUUUCAUGCCCAGAUCUUCUAAGAUGUACACCGCAUUGAAGUAGCCAUGGCCUAUAUGGCACUGGAGUCCCUGUGGGGCUUUAUUAGGUACUACAUCUAUUCUGCGUGUGCAGUUGUGUGGUGCCUCUUCUCCCUAGUAUAAAUACUUCUCACAGUGAAUUCCCCUGUGAUACAAAAUGUUCCCACAUAUUCUCAAAUAGAGAAAAAAAACUUGUGUGUCUCCGCAUCAAAUCGUAGGUGCCUUAUGGUCAUAUAGUAAGAUUUACAAUAUGUAUUAUCUCUAAGACAGGAGCCUCCUAUAGAGAGGCUGUUAGAAGAAUGGGGGCAGCCAUGCGUCCCUGAAUAAAACAAAUUUGUUUUAAGCCUAUGUUACAAAAGAAGCUGUUUUUACUUAGAAUUUGGUCCCUUGGAUCUGAACACAAAAGUAUGCACAACCGAAUUUAAAUCAGCAUAUUAGGGUGAUAGCUUGUUCCACUAUUUACUCGCAAGUGCAUAUCUGUUUCUUCCCUCUGCUCGUAGUAUGAGAACAAUGUAAUAAAAGGGAGGCCAAAGAGCAAAUGCCCCCUAAAUAUGACCAUCUAGGUCAGGCAUGCUCAACCUGCAGCCCUCCAGCUGUUUUAAAACUACAACUCCCAGCAUGCCUGAACAGCUAUCAGCCUACAGCAGGGCAUUGUGGGAGUUGUAGUUUUACAACAGCUGGAGGGCUGCAGGUUGAGCAUGCCUGAUCUAGGUCACAGUUUUCUCAGUCUACUGUGAUAUCUAUAGCAAUAUAACGUAUAUUUCUUUAAAGGGUUUCUCCGGUCCCAUAAUUCAGUUUUUCUAAUCUGUCCAGAGUACCCCAAACACUGCACAUUUUGCCCCAUAUACCUGUUUUUCAUGUCGGCACUUUCCUUCCCCUGUUCUCAGCAUGGAGGCCGGGUGUUUACAUACAGGACUUCCUAUUUCCAUUAGCUUUGUCCUGAAAUGUUUCUUAGGGCCUGCUACACUUUUCCUUCUGCAGUAGUGGCACCCAACCCCGCAGAGUGCUAAUAGAACAGGGAGUAAGCCAAGUGCACAUUCUGGAGGAAACGAAAGCUCCCACAUUAAGACCGUUAUAUGGGGCAGUGUUUAAGGUACUCUGGGCAGUACCAGAACCCGUUAACACGUGCUGUAAUAAAUCCUGAAGAGGCCCAUGUUUUCUCUUCAUGUUCGAUAAGGGUCCAUUCACACGUCCGCAACGUGUUUCGCAGACCCGCGGAGCCGC